AAAUGUUACGCUAGAAACAACCAUUAGUAAAACAGUGAAGUUCUAGAUAAUUUUUUUUUUCCAAAUUGGCUCGAAUUCUUCAAAAUCUGAGAUUUUGAACUGCAUCAGCUUUCCGGAAUAACACCGCACAAUGGCCUUCCAAGUGUUCAUCAAAUCGGAACCGGACCCGCUACACGAAGAGCCGAUAAUAAAGGUUGAAGAUCUACACAACUUGGCACCGACCGGAAAGCACCCACUCACCGAAUCAAAGAUUAAGAUUGAAGAGCUCGAGGCCACGCCAGGCCCUUCCGCAGCGCCUCCAACCAAAAAGCCCCACCUCAAGCCGGUCCGGAAGAAGAUCUGCAUCCGGAAGGCGGACACGCGCCAAUGCCGACUGUGCCUGAGGGUUCUCUCGCGGGAGGAUGUCCGCGAAACGACCAGCCCCAAGUCGGAUCUCCGCCGGAAGAUUAUGGACGCCGUGGCGGUCAAGAUAACCGCCGAGGACAAGGUCCGGACGGUUUGCAUCAACUGUCUGCUGCUGGUGGACAUGAUCUACGAGUUCCGGAUGGCGUGCAAGAAAGCGAAUACGCUGCACGCCCUCAAGCUGCUGAUGAUGCAUCCGGGAAGUUGGAUGAGUGAGGAGAAUAAGACCGCGAUAGAGGCUUGUCACCGGGUGGUCAAACGGAACCGGGCCGAGAUGGAUGGGUUGUUCAAGUGUUCCUGGAUGGGCGGGGGCGAUGUGAAGGAAUUCCGUGGGAUGCAGAAGGAGGUGCUGCUGGACGGGGGAGAUGCUCCGAAGGUCGUCGACAAGGAUGAGAUUAGCGACAGUGACCCGGAAAUGAGCGAGAAAUUUGGGAAACAGAUGGAUCAAGACACGCAGCAGGAUGAGAUCGAGGCAAGUUCCGAUGAAAGUCCAGAGAAAAAGGAACCUUCAAAUCGCAGCAUGUGCGAAUUUUGCGGUUCACUGGUAAUGAGGCACCACGUAGAGCACCACAAAAACGAGCAUUUGGGCCUGAAGCCGUACAGCUGCCGGAUUGAGGGUUGCGAAGCCACGUUCCAUUCCUAUAUGGCUAUGCAUCUACAUUGCAAAAAUGAACAGAAGCACAUGUCCACAGCGGAACGGCACAAACAGAUCCAAUGCGACGUGUGCCACCGGAUGAUCAAGAACAAAAACAUGAAAAAGCACAUGUGGGCACAACACUCCGAUAAGCCGGUCCAUCCACUGAAGGCGCUGUGCACCGUUUGCGGGAAGUAUUACUACAAGCUCUACAUCAAGGACCACAUGGCGACGCAUUCAGGCGAACUGCCACACGGGUGCGAGUUUUGCGGCCGGAGAUUCGCCGCCAACAACAGCCUGACGAUCCACAGGCGAAGGUACCAUAGCGAUCAAUUGGAUUUACAGUAGCGGACUUCUUUCUCUUCGAAGCAAAUGGUCUCACUCCGACUUUCAACAAAAAACAUGUAUUCCAAAAUAUAUAUCAGUAAUUAAGUUGGAUCUUACGAUUCUUACGCACUAAAAAUUCACAGUCAAGUUACGUUAAACGUUUUCGCGUGUCACCUACUUCCGACUUCCGGCGCCGUAUCAUCAGCCGCGAACCGGAUCCGAUCGGCUUCCGCCAUCAGCUCCCCAUACCCAAAGGCCGGAACCCCGUUCACCAGGGCCUUAUUCCGCAGGUUGACGUCAUUAGACAGUAGCAUCAGGUCGGUUCCAGCCCGACCCGAAAUGAUCUGCCGCACCUGGAAGCAACAAUUGAUGAUAUGAUCAUCGGGGUUUUCCACCGGAACCAGAUGGACGGUGGCCUCGACCGUUGAUUGGCCCUUGACGCGGGGAUCCCGUCGCUUGAGGUGUUCGUUAAGGAAGCGGAUCGAUUGGCUGGCGGCUGUCGAUAGAGGUUUGCCCUGCUCUCGGUGCUUAAUCCGGUCCAGCUCCUGGAGCACGAUGUACGGCACCACGAGGAUCGGUUGGCCGAUGUCUGGGUAGGGCGGGAAAGCGGAUGUAAGGGAAAAUAAGUAAUGUCGAUUUAAAGAGAUGAAUAUGUCGAAAAA